AUGUGGAGUGGGCUGUUACCUCCAGGACUGACUGAAAGUGAUGUAGACUUAAGCUCGGAUGAUGGAGAGGGAUCCCACAGUCCCUUUUCAAAGGAAGAUGCGAAAGAAGAUACUGAAAGAGAGAAUGGGCCUGAAAGCAGUGCCAUCAGCGAACCCGUUGUGAUAUCAGUGACAAGUGGAGAAGAUGAAUCUCAAGCAUGCCCUUCUGGAAUUCCGUUAAAUAUAUGGAAUAAAUUUAUGGAGCUUCAGAAGAAAAAUCGUGAAAUGAAGACCCAAGCAACUCAGGAAAACAACAGCCGAAAAAGAAAGCGCCGCAGAAAAGAAAAACAGAAAAAGAAUGAUGAAGAGACUAAGAGUAGUCAACAGUUGGCAAAUGAAGACAAAUGGAAAGAGCUUACACAGUACUUUGGAAUCAAUGAUAGAUUUGAAUCACCUGUGGACAGCAAACCUCCACAAAAGUCUGGCCUUGAACUUAGCAUAGAGAAGGCUGUGGCUGAAGGUGACAUUGAUAAGGCAGAGGAGCUGAGUGAUAGGUUGGCCCUCCGUGAG